AUGCCAGCAGCUCCAUCCAUCGCGCUUCAGCAGGAGAGGGCCGUCAUCAACUCAGCGGAGUUGGCUCUGGAAGGAGCGCUUUGUCAAGCUUCAAACGCUUUCGAUGUUGGCGCGGAUGCAGCACAACGCGUGUACGAGGCGACUAUCCCCCUGCUGCGUGAAGUCGAGGCGAUUUCAGAGCGAAUGGGGCACUACGAGUUCAACUACAGGGUGGACAUCGCGACCUACAGCCAGUCAACCACUUUGGUGGAUGCGCUGCAACCGGCGCUGGACAAGACGGAGGCGGCGCUACGGGAGGCGAAUGAACGACUUCUUCGACUGACGGCUUUGACGCAGUCCGGUUCAUGGGCCUGUGACUGUGAGCGCAGCAGGAUGGGCACUAUCGUGGUGACGGCGCGGGCGACCAUUAAUGCGCUUUGGGACCUUACGAAAGAACGGCAGGCGAACAUCAGCAUCAUUCAAGCGACACUGACAAGCGCUGGAGGCAACGGAGGCGCCCCUUUCAUCACCCUGGUGGUAUCUAGAAGUACUUACGUGCGAGUCGAUUACUUGAGUAAACUUUUGGAUCGUGUUGUUUGGACGCACUUAUACAACUUCAAACCCGCACGCGAUUGGCCUAAUAAGAUCGAUAAUAUAAUCGAAGCGAACUCCAGCGAGCCACCACUUGUCAAUCCCAAAGCUCAGCAGGAAAAGUAA